UCCUGACUGCCGUUCCUCUGAGUCUCUCGUCCUUUCCUUGUCACCAGGAUGCUCCAUAUGUGGACAAAUCUGAUUAUAAACCUCCUGCUGCUGCUGACUUCUCUGAUGGCUACAGGUAGAGACAGCCCAGAGCACUUUAUGGAGCAAAUAAAGAAUGAGUGUCACUUCGUCAAUGGGACUGAGCACGUGCGGUAUAUUGGAAAACUCAUCUACAACCGCCAAGAGAUAGUGUGCUUUGACAGCGACGUAGGAGAGUUUGUGGCCUUGACUGAGCUGGGGCGGCCCAUUGCAGAGCUGAUGAACAGCCUCCUGGAGGCCCUGGAGCAAGCUCGGGCCCAAGUGUUCAUCUGCAGAGACAACUAUAGGCUGUUGGAGCCCUUAUGGAUACAAAGAAGAGAGAAGCCUGAAGUGACUGUGUAUCCAUCAAAGGUGGCUCCCUUAGGACACCCAAACCAACUUGUCUGUUUUGUUACUGGUUUCUAUCCUGGUAACAUUGAGGUCAAGUGGUUCCUGAAUGGUCAGGAGGAGACAGCCGGGGUUAUGUCUACAGGCCUGAUUAGUAAUGGAGACUGGACCUUCCAGAUUCUGGUGAUACUAGAAAUGAUCCCCAAGCAUGGACAUGUCUACACCUGCCAAGUAGAGCACUCCAGCCUUCAGAACCCUAUCAUUGAGGUCUGGGAAGCACCAUCCAGAUCUGUCCAGAAUAAGAUGCUGAGUGGAGUUGGGGGCCUCGUGCUGGGACUGGUUUUCUUUGGGGUUGGCUUCACUGUUCACAUUAGGAGUCAGAAAGGGUUGGAAUUUAAGAAAGACUUUGGACCAUGAAGGGGAAGAUAUGCUGCUGCUUAUGGACUCUGAGUCCUUUGGAUAUCAUGCCACUGACAUCUGAUGGUCUUCAACUAACCCCUGAAGCUUUGUGUCCCCUGAGCCUGAUGCCUCUCCUCUCCGCAUCUCUCCCUAGCACAGAAGCCAACUCAGUUCAUUAAAAGUAGUAAUAUGCUAAAAAUCCAAACACACCCAUGUCCAUAAUGUGCCUUGAUAUCACCUUCUUUUAAAUUAAUGUUUUAUUCCUUGGAUUUUCCCUCCUUUUUAUUUAUAAAUAUACUCCCUCCCAACUUCCUCUAUUUACUAAGACAUCACCUGAAUCAAAAAUGAAAAUAUAUAUAGAGAGAAUCAACCAAUUUAAUCCACUUUUUGACAACCUAGACAACAUUUCACACUCAUGGUCCUCUAUCUCUUUGAUAGGAGGAAGCAGUUGCAUAUCCUCCUCCAUGACCAAACUUGGUCAUUGUAGUUAUGCCAAGUAUAGUUCCAUUUUGUUGCUCUUUUUUGCCUUGAUAGCCUCCUCAUAUUUUAUUCUUGGUUCUGCAUAUUUUACUCUGCAUUGGUUCAUGUAAAUCCUUCCAUUUUUUCCUGAAUUUCUCAUAUCCCUUAUUUCUAGUCCACAUUAUGAAUGUUUAGCUUUUUCCAAAUUGAUGACUACCCACUUUCUUUCUAGUUCUUUGUUACCACCAUAAAAUACACUGUAAAUAUUUGACCUAUGAGAUAACCUCCAUUUGUGGCCUCUUUUAAGUUAUGUAUCCAGCAAAAAGAUUAAAAAUAU